AGUUGCGGGUAGGUGCUCUUGGUUCACUCUAUCCUCCGUAGACCUCGGUAGCGUCGUCGUCGCCUCCGAAACCCUCGUCGCAGCCGCCGCCGUCAAAAUGUCCUCGACGUCCACUCCCCCCGCAACAAUUGGUACCAAUCCCUCGCCCUCCCCUCUCAAAUUGACGACCAUGGUUAGCCCUUGUGGCGGCGCGCGGCCGGUGGUCCGGAGGCGGCAGCGCGGCACCAUGGGUUCAGACCCGCGGCCGGAAGCGCAUGCUUCACGGAAGCAGCAGCGGUGGCGGCACUAGGAUUGCUUGAGCAUUUUUUAGGGGAAGAAUAGCUCGAGCUUUCCUUCAUCCCGUUCUCCAUGAAGAGAGAGAAACAGAAUAUGCAGAGAGGGGAUCUGCCGGAGAAAAUACAAGCCUGCAAAACAUGGAACGGAAGGCUAGAAUAAGGAAGCAGCUCCUGGAACCUGAGUUGUUGCCAUCUUCCUACGACACCGCGUGGGUGGCUAUGGUGCCCUUGCCGAGCUCUCCUCGAGUUCCAUGCUUCCCACAGUGUGUUGAGUGGAUACUACAAAACCAGCAGAGCAAUGGAUCUUGGGGUCUCGUCCAAAUGGACUCCUCCGUCAACAAGGAUGUCCACUCGUCCACAUUGGCUUGUGUGCUGGCACUUAAGAGGUGGAAUGUUGGGAGGGAGCAUAUCAGGAGAGGACUACGUUUUAUCGGAAGAAAUUUCUCCAUUGUUACGAAUGAGCAGAUUGCUGCUCCUAUAGGCUUUAAUAUCACAUUUUCGGGUAUGUUUAGCCUUGGGACUGAGAUGGGUUUGGAAUUUCCGGUUGGACAAAAUGAUCUUGAUAGGAUUCUUCACCUCCGGGAGGUGGAACUCAAAAGACUUGUUGGGGAUAAAUCUGAUGGGAGAAAAGCAUAUAUGGCUUAUGCUGCUGAAGGGCUAGGAAACCUGCUGGACUGGAACCAAGUUAUGAAGUUCCAGAGGAAGAAUGGGUCGUUGUUCAACUCUCCUUCCACAACUGCUGCUGCACUUAUCCACAAUUUUGAUGAUAAAGCCCUUCAGUACCUUAAUUUGCUUGUCAGUAAAUUUGGCAAUUCAGUGCCAACAGUUUAUCCAACAAACAUAUAUUCUCAGCUUUCAUUGGUAGAUUCUCUUGAAAACAUCGGGAUAUCUCAUCAUUUUUCUAGUGAGAUAAAGAGCAUCCUGGACAUGGCAUACAGUUUCUGGUUACAGAGAGAUGAGGAAAUCAUGCUAGAUGUAGCAGCAUGCGCAAUGGCCUUCCGUCUUUUGCGAAUGAAUGGAUAUGAUGUUUCCUCGGAUGAUCUGUAUCAUAUUGAUGAAUCCACUUUCCAUCAUUCACUUCACGGAUAUUUAAAUGAUACAAAAUCUAUAUUGGAAUUGUACAAAGCCUCGAAAGUCAGUGUAUCAGAAAACGAAUUUAUCCUAGAUAACAUAGGCUACUGGUCAGGAAAGUUAUUGACAGAAAAGUUGUUCUCCGAUCAGGUGCAAACAACACCAAUCUUUGAAGAGGUUGAGUAUGCUCUUAACUUUCCCUUUUAUGCCACAAUGGAACGUAUAGGCCACAAGAGGAACAUUGAACACUUUGAUGUUUGUGGUUCUCAGAUGCUAAAAACAGAACAUCUGCCAUGUCAUGUCAACCAAGAUUUCCUGGCUUUGGCUGUUGAAGAUUUCAAUUUUUCUCAAUCUAUUUACCAGGAUGAACUCCUGCAUCUUGAAAGUUGGGCGAAAGGAAACCGGCUGGACCAGUUACAGUUUGCACGACAGAAGCUGACAUAUUGUUAUCUUGCUGCUGCUGCUACCAUAUUUCCUCCUGAACUGUCUGAUGCUCGCAUGUCGUGGGCCAAAAAUGGUGUGCUCACCACUGUUGUUGAUGAUUUCUUCGAUGUUGGAGGAUCAAAAGAAGAACAUGAAAACCUCAUAACAUUAGUUGAGAAGUGGGAUGAGCACUCCAAAGAUGAGUUCUACUCUGAGCAAGUGAAGAUAUUGUUUUCUGCUAUCUAUACUACAGUCAACCAGCUUGGAGCAGUAGCUUCUGCAAUACAAAACCGUGAUGUUCGAAAGCACCUGAUAGAAUUAUGGCUACAGCUGUUGAGGUCUAUGAUGUCUGAGGCAGAAUGGCGGAUGAGAAAACAUGUGCCAACAGUUGAGCAAUACAUGUCAAAUGCAAUUGUUUCUUUCACACUGGGGCCCGUUGUGCUCACGUCGUUGUACUUUGUUGGGCCAAAGCUCUCGCGAUGUGUUGUCAACGAUCAAGAAUACAACGAGUUAUUUAGGCUGACGAGCACUAUUGGUCGUCUCCUCAACGAUAUCCGAGGUCUUGAGAGGGAGAGCAGGGAGGGGAACCUGGAUUAUAUCUCACUACUUGUUCUCCACAGUGGUGGUUCUAUGUCCGUUGAAACGGCUAAAGAGACGAUAUGGAAGGCCAUAGCCUCAUGUAGAAAAGGCUUGCUGAAGCUGGUUCUUAGGGAGAACACGGUUGUUCCUAGGCCUUGCAAGGAGCUGUUCUGGAAGAUGUGCAAGAUAGUUCACUUGUUCUACUCCCAGACCGAUGGGUUUACCUCGCCAAACGAAAUGGUGAGCGCAGUUAAUGCAGUUAUCUACGAGCCGCUAAAACUCCAGACCAGCAGUCCAUCUGUGCCCGUGCAAUCAGAAAAAUAAGGGUCUCGUGUAUUUUUUUGCCGUGUUCUGAUGGAUCAACCAAUCAGGAGAUGCUCUCUUGAAAGAAAAAACAUGUAUCAAAGUGUAUCAAAUACAAUAUCCGUCCCAAAUUACUCGGUCUUGGAUUCUAAGACAAGUAAUUUAGGACGGAGGGAGUACUAUAUUUGAUUUUGUAUGGCGUUGAUGUGAAGCUUGGUGUGUGUUCUGUGGUGUUUCCUGUGUAAACCUUAUGCAAGUCUCCCGGCAUAUAUUGCUACUUGUUGGCGCACUUUCUCCCUUGA